AUGAGAAUCAAACGGAGUCUACACGUCAGGCUGAUUGCCUUGUGCACGACCUGCUUAUUAGUUCCGGCCAUCGCUUGCCCCUCCUCGUGCGUAUGCAAAUGGAAGAAUGGCAAGAGAUACGUCGAGUGUUCAGAUAAAGAGCUCAAGGCGAUCCCCAACUCCUUAGACCCCGAGACGCAAGUCCUAGAUUUCUCGGGCAACGACCUCCAAGUAUUACAAAGGGAAACGUUCCUAAAACUGGGAUUGCUGAAUUUGCAAAAAAUCUAUCUGCAGAGAUGUAGAUUACAGAAAAUCGACAGUCACGCUUUCAAAGGGCUCGCGAAUCUCGUUGAAUUGGAUCUGUCGAACAAUUAUCUUACGUUGAUCCCCUCCACGAAUUUUCUAUAUUUUCCGUCGCUUAUGCGGCUCACUCUGAACAACAAUCCGAUAACGAGCAUAAAAACACACUGCUUCCAACAUUUAUCAUAUUUGAAUACGCUGGAACUGAGCGACUGCAAGAUUGAAAUUAUAGAGAGAGAAGCGUUCUCGGGACUGAAGCACUUAGAAUGGUUGAGAUUGAACGGCAAUCGACUAUCAAAUAUUCAAGGUGAAAAUUUAUUCCCCGACACGCUGCGCGGUAUAGACUUGGAAAAUAAUUAUUGGAAUUGCGACUGCCAUUUACGAGAUUUGCAUAGUUGGUUGUUGAAUUUCAAUAUGCCCCACACUAUUGAACCGGUUUGUUCGCUUCCGGAGCGACUGAAAAAGCGGGUAAUAACAAGCGUAGCCGAAGCGGAAUUGGCUUGUUUGCCUAAAAUGACACCGACAUCUGUAUUUUUGGAAACGAACGCAGGCAGCAAUAUUACUCUCGAAUGCUUAGUGAAAGCCAUCCCUGAGGCAAGAUUGACUUGGCUGUACCAAGGCCAGGUUAUACAUAAUUACACUAUGGUGUCGGCAGAGCCGCGAGAAGUGUAUUAUGUCGAGAACGGAGUAACAGAUAAGAAAAGCGAACUUUACAUAUUUAACAUUGCUAACGAUGACAACGGGACGUAUUCGUGCGUGGCAGAGAACCCGGCGGGAAGGUCGAUUGCUAAUUAUACGCUCAGGAUCAUAGUCAAAGAGGAACCGGUAGUCAUUGUUGUGACGUUCCCACAGAGACACUUAGUGGUAAUAGUCACAGUAGUAUUCCUUAUAAUUAUUCUAUUGAUAGCUAUAAUUGCUGUAGUAUUACUUAAAUUCAAAACAGACACGAGAAGUAGGAAGAAAAAGGAAAGCGGCAAGGACGUCGCUUUGUGCAAUCAAAUCUUGCCCUCCAACAGGGGCAAUGGCACUUUACCCAAAAAUAAUGGAAGUUUAAUUGUGAACGCUCAUACGCACCACGCAUUACACUAUACUGUGCAACAAGCAAACCGUGAUUACGAAACCAACGAUGUGUAUCAAAGCAAUAACAUGAAAGGUUUCGUCGACAGGAAUCCUGACCUAAUUAGCGACGCGGAAACAGUCGCUAACAAUGCACAAAACGAGAACACAGUACUCUCUGUGUACAAAACGCAAACUGCGAACGGCGAUGGGUUUGAAGAGGAAACCGCAUUCACCGCUCCGACUAUGCCGAGGCAGGUCACGUGGCAGGACCAGCAGAAUUUAAACAGUGUAAACAUACCGCAAAACACAAUCAAUAACUUGUAUCAGCAUUCUGCUGACGUACAUUUAAAUCCCGGUUGUUUUUUAGACGGCGAUGGCUACCCUUACGAUUACGGCCUGCCUAAGCACCCUUGUCGGCCGCCCGUUAUGUCUAAUUAUUCAGUGGUCGGGCCCUUCUAUCAAACUCUGCCUCACAAUAGGUCUAAGGGACAAAAACUCGUCUGCAAAUUCGCCAAAGAUACGGAAUUCAACACGACACCCCCGCCUUGUUCUAAUUUCGAGGUAUUCAGCGCUCCGAACGUGCGGCGGACUUUGGAAGGGUACCCCGUACCAAGGAACCGGCAGAUAGCUUUCGUCGGAAACGGGACAGUGUAUUACAAUGAGGAGUUUGUUCCGUCACCGCCUGAGGGUUAUAAGACGGAAACGGUGCAGUGUUGCGCCCCUGCUGAAGCUUGCACGUCCUGGGUGAAUCCUAAGGGAACAUGUGCGGUCAUGGUGCCUAUUGGUGUUGCCGAAGCCCCAGGCAGGUGCUACCAAGUCGAAACUCGGUGUGUGGACACUCAAACGAUGGACGCUCGAGUGCCGGGCGAGGGAACGGAGAAUGUUCUGAAGCCUCUACCCCAAGUGUCAAACGCUAAAUGCGCGUCGGACAUAUGUUCCGAAAGUCCUGACGAGGGUUACGUAGGUGACGCCAACGACAUCUGACGACGCCGCCGCGACGAUAACUCGUGAACAGGGCGGGAACAGUUUAGACGCUGAUAAAGUGAUAAAGCGACUGAAUUUAAGUAGUUAUUAUGUACAGUUCUACGGAAUACAAACAAUGAGCAUCUCCCAAAUGUUAGUUUUGAAACAAAACUUCUCUGAUUGUUGCAAUUGUUAAUCAAACAAAUUGACGUUGUUUGCGUGAAUAUUGUGUUUAGUAACGAACCCCAUUGUUUCGAUAGCACCUGAGGGAUGUUUGAUUGUUUCACCACUUCGUCAUGCAAAUAAUAAUCAUUACCAAUAUUUUUCUAGUGAAAUCCUAGCGUAAGUUUUUUCACGGUUCUGUUAUACGUAUUGUUAAUUAAUUUUAACGUACUUGCACAGGUACAAUAUGGUAAUUUUGUGGUAGGGUUCAUUAUCAUUUCAAUAUUGUUACCUACCUUAUAAUUAAAAUUUACGUCACUACACUUGUAUUAUUAAGCACGUUCACAAUCAAUAGACUGUGUUAAUGGAAAAAACUUUUGUUUUGCUUAGAUUUAAUGUAGCUUUUUAUAUAAUGUGUUAGACAAUGUUUUUUCUGGAAAUUGAUAUUUUUUUAUAUUUACCAGUAUAUCGCACACUUGGGCU